GAAGUGAUGUAGAGUCACCAGACUGAGAGAGAAAAAAAAACAACAACAACAGCAGGUCGAAGCCCAGAACCUCCAGCCCCUUCUCCGGUAACACACCGGCCCCUCUGCGGUGACACACCGGGACGUCUGCGGUGCUUCCCGGUGGACGGAGAACCGUCGCCCGCUGUCUCUUGGCCCUUUGGCCGCCUGGGGUGAUGUGGAUCCAGCCUGAGGAGGUGCUGCUGGCCGGGGCCCUGUGGGUGUCGGAGCGGGCCAAUCCCUUCUUCAUCCUGCAGAGGAGGAGGGGGCACGGCCGCGGAGGGGGGCUCUCCGGUCUCCUGGUUGGGACCCUGGAUGUGGUUCUGGACUCCAGUGCUCGAGUGGCCCCCUACAGAAUCCUGUUGCAGACUGGAGACUCUCAGAUCUACUGGACCGUUGCCUGUGGCUCAUCCAGGAAGGAGAUCACGGAGCACUGGGACUGGCUGGAGUCCAACCUGCUGCAGACCGUCUCCAUCUUUGACAACGACGAAGACGUCGCCACAUUCGUCAAAGGGAAGAUCUGUGGCAUCAUCGCCGAGGAGAACCGGCUGAAGCAGGGCGAGGAGCAGGAGGAGGACAGCGGGAAGUUUCGGGAGGCGGAGCUGAAGAUGAGGAAGUUGUUUGGGAUGCCUGAGGAGGAGAAGCUGGUGAAUUAUUACUCCUGCAGCUACUGGAAAGGUCGCGUCCCUCGGCAGGGGUGGCUCUACCUGUCCGUCAACCACCUGUGCUUCUACUCCUUCCUUCUGGGCAAAGAGGUGACGCUGGUGGUGCCGUGGACCGAGGUGACCCAGCUGGAGAAGAACGCUACGCUGGUGUUUCCGGAGAGCGUUCGCGUGAGCACUCGUCACACAGAACAUUUCUUCUCCAUGUUCCUCAACAUCAACGACACCUUCAAGCUGAUGGAGCAGCUCGCUAACAUCGCCAUGAGGCAGCUCCUGGACAACGAGGCGUUCGCUGCCGACCGCUCGCUUCCCAAACCCUGCAAGACCCUCAAGAACGUCUCUGUGCUGAAGAGGGAUCUGGACGCCCGGGCGAAGAACGAGCGUUACCGGGCGAUGUUCCGGUUAACACAGGACGAACGUCUGGACGGACACACGGACUGUACGCUGUGGACGCCGUUCGCUAAGAUGCACGUGGUUGGACAACUGUUCAUCUCCAACAACUACAUCUGCUUCAACAGCCGUGAGGAAGAUCUGUGUCAGCUCAUCAUCCCCCUCAGAGAGGUGUCCAUCGUGGAGAAGGCGGACAGCAGCAGCGUCCUCCCGUGUCCCGUGUCCAUCAGCACCAAGAACAAGAUGAACUUCCUGUUCGCCAACCUCAAAGACAGAGACUUCCUGGUCCAACGUAUCUCCGACUUCCUGCAGCGGACGCCCGACAGCUCGUGGGGCGACGUCAGCCCGCUGUCUGUGAUUGGUCAGCCGUGUCCCCAGGCGUCCUCCAGCCUCACCUCGUCCUCGUCUGUAGGAUCUGAAUCUGUCCACAGGGGGCGUCAUUACCACCCCGGUCUGCCCACGGCCAGCCAGGGUCUGCUGCAGCUGUACCAGCGAGACUCUCCGGAGGACCUGGGCCCCAAAGCAAUGAAGGAGAAGAUGAAGGAGGAGGCGUGGAACAUCCACUUCUCAGAGUUCGGUCGAGGUGUUUGUAUGUACCGGACCUCCAGAACCAGAGAACUGGUUCUGAACGGGAUCCCAGAGAGUCUGAGAGGGGAGCUGUGGCUGCUGUUCUCAGGAGCCCAGAACGAGAUGGCGUCUCACCCGGGUUACUAUGGCGAGCUGGUGGAGCAGGCCAUGGGGCUGUGUUCACUGGCUACGGAGGAGAUCGAACGUGACCUUCACCGCUCGAUGCCCGAACACCGAGCUUUCCAGAACGAGACCGGCAUCGCCGCUCUGCGCCGCGUCCUCACGGCCUACGCCCACCGCAACCCGGGCAUCGGGUACUGUCAGGCCAUGAACAUCGUCACCUCCGUCCUGCUGCUCUACUGCACCGAGGAGGAGGCUUUCUGGCUGCUGGUGGCGCUGUGUGAGCGCAUGCUGCCCGACUACUACAACACCAGGGUGGUAGGAGCUCUGGUGGAUCAGGGGGUGUUUGAGGAGCUGACCCGGGUUUUCCUCCCCCUCCUGUACGAGCACAUGCAGGACCUGGGAGUCAUCUCCACCAUCAGCCUGUCCUGGUUCCUCACGCUCUUCCUGUCUGUGAUGCCCUUCGACAGCGCGGUGCUGCUGGUCGACUGCUUCUUCUACGAGGGCAUCAAGCUCACCUUCCAGGUGGCGCUGGCUGUGCUCCAUGACAACAUGGACGCUCUGUUGUCCUGCAGCGAUGAGGGCGAAGCCAUGACCAUCCUGGGCCGGUACCUGGAUAAUGUUGUCAAUAAACAGACGGUGGCUCCGCCCAUCCCUCACCUCCACGCCCUGCUGACAAGUGGUGACGACCCCCCACCUGAGAUCGACAUCUUUGAACUCAUCAAGUCGUCCUACGAGAAGUUUGGCAGCCUGCGCUCUGACGUCAUUGAGCAGAUGAGGUUCAAGCAGAGGUUAAAGGUCAUCCAGUCUUUGGAGGACACGGCUAAGAGGAGCGUGGUAAGGGCGAUGAUGACUGAGUCGGCUUUCAGCAUCGAGGAGCUGGAGGAACUCUACUGUCUCUUCAAGUCCAAACACAUGACCAGCUGUUACUGGGGCUCCAGCAGCUCGAUGGUGGACCGCCAUGAUCCGAGCCUCCCGUAUCUGGAGCAGUACCGCAUCGACCCAGCCCAGUUCACCCAGCUCUAUGCUGCCCUGGCUCCCUGGAUCUGUGGAGGACACACCCCCACGCUGUCGGCCCGCCUCUUCAGACUCCUGGACCAGAACCAGGAUGGACUGGUCAACUUCAAAGAGUUCAUCACUGGCCUGAGUGGGAUGUACCACGGCGACAUGACCGAGAAACUCAAACUGCUCUACAAGCUUCACCUGCCACCAGCUCUGUGUCCCGAGGAGGCCGAGUCUGCUCUGGAGGCAACCAACUUCUUCACUGAGGAUCAAGCAACAGAGUCUUCUCUCCUGUCUGGUCUGGACUCUUUAAUGCAGCCGGAGGUCACUGCAGGUGAGGAGGGGAAGGACGAAGCAGGAGACGUUGAGGAGAAGAAAGAGGUGAAGGACUACAAGUACUACCUGAGGAUGUGGGCCAGAGAGAAGGAACCCAAAACAGAGACCAUCAAAGACCUGCAGAGGAUGAACCAGGAGCAGUUCAUAGAGUUGUGUAAGACCCUCUACAACAUGUUCAGCGAGGAGCCUCUGGAGCAGGAGCUCUAUCACUCCAUCGCCACCGUCGCCAGCCUCCUGCUGCGCAUCGGAGAGGUCGGAAAGAAGUUCAACAACGGUGGCAAGAGGGCGGAGACUGUCGCCCAGGCCCCGCCCCCUGCUUCAGAGCUUCAGGGGGAGGUGGAGCCUACUGAGGGGGGGUCAGGUGAGUCUCAGGUGACAUCUGACGAGGAGACCAAGGACGACACGUCUGCGUCCUCGUACUCGGUCGUGAGUUCUGGCUCGCUGCAGUGCGAGGACAUCGCUGACGACACCGUGCUGAUUGGCGGUGGCGAGCGGAGGCGGGGCAGCGCACUGGAUGCAGAUUGGUCCAUUACCUUUGAGCAGGUGCUGGCUUCGCUGCUGACAGAACCACCACUGGUCGACUUCUUCGAGAGGAAGCGAGACAUCCAGGUCAAGAUGGCCGCCUGCAAGGCUCAACGGGCUGUGGAGCGUCAGAUAAGCUCCGCCUCCGACCACGAACUCACCCAGCAUGCCCCUUGAUCAGCCCCCCCCACAUCGACUCUCAGUUGAUCAAUAAUUGGUUUUAAACUAAUCUUCUGAUGUGAUUUGAGCUCCUGAUUGGAACAACAAUUAUCUGAAAUAAAGAAGUCAUUUUUGUCCCGUAGAAACGAGUAAAGAUGACGUGGAGCUGACAACACUUUGUAAAUACAUUCACAGACGUUUCCAUUGGUCUGAUCGAACAUCAAACCUUAAAUGUCCUGGUUCACCAGGAGACUUUACACCUGCAGACUCUGUUUUUGAAGGCCUGUUUGUAUUUCAUGUUGGUGAUAAUGUCCUAUUAUUUCAUCUUCUUGUGUCUUCAAUGUUUAUUAAUCAACGUGAUUUAAAUCCCUAAUAUUGAUCUGUACUGUUCUAAUAAAGACCAGAGGCUUCAUCUUC